AUGAAUUACCUCCGGCGCCGCCUGUCCGACAGCAACUUCAUGGCCAACCUGCCCAACGGCUACAUGACCGAUCUGCAGCGGCCGCAGCCGCCCCCGCCCCCACCCAGCGGCCCAGCGCCCCCUUCGGGAGGCUCGGGCAGCGUGUCACCCGCCGAGCGGCCCCUGCCUGCGGCCGCGCCCAGCCCCGGCCCCGGCCCCAGCCCCGGCCCCGGCCCGGGCCCGGGCCCCGGCUCCGGCUCCGGGCUGGGCGGGGGCGGCGCAGGCGGCUUCUUCUCGUCGCUGUCCAACGCAGUGAAGCAGACCACCGCGGCGGCCGCGGCCACCUUCAGCGAGCAAGUGGGGGGCGUGGCCGGGGGCUCCGGGGGCUCCAGCCGGGGCAGCAAGACCCUGCUGGUGAUCGACGAGGGGCCCACGGACUGGGCCAAGUACUUCAAGGGGAAGAAGAUCCAUGGGGAGAUUGACAUCAAGGUGGAGCAGGCUGAGUUCUCACACCUGAACCUGGUGGCCCAUGCUAAUGGUAGCUUCUCUGUGGACAUGGAGGUGAUUCGGAACGGAGUGAAAGUGGUUCGGUCCCUGAAGCCAGACUUCGUACUGAUCCGCCAGCAUGCCUUCAGUAUGGCCCGCAAUGGAGACUACCGCAGCCUGGUCAUUGGGUUGCAGUAUGCAGGCAUCCCCAGCGUUAAUUCCUUGCACUCAGUGUACAACUUCUGUGACAAGCCCUGGGUGUUUGCCCAGAUGGUACGGCUGCACAAGAAACUGGGAGCUGAGGAGUUUCCUCUCAUUGACCAGACCUACUAUCCUAACCACAGGGAGAUGCUCACCACAGCCAGAUACCCUGUAGUGGUGAAGAUGGGCCAUGCUCAUUCGGGCAUGGGAAAGGUGAAAGUAGAGAAUCAGUAUGACUUCCAGGACAUUGCUAGUGUGGUGGCACUGACCAAGACCUAUGCCACAGCAGAGCCCUUCAUUGAUGCCAAGUAUGAUGUCCGGGUGCAGAAGAUCGGCCACAGCUAUAAGGCCUACAUGAGGACUUCGGUGUCUGGGAGCUGGAAAACCAACACAGGCUCAGCCAUGCUGGAGCAAAUUGCGAUGUCUGACAGGUACAAGCUGUGGGUAGACACAUGUUCAGAAAUCUUUGGGGGCCUGGACAUCUGUGCUGUGGAGGCCCUGCAUGGCAAGGAUGGCCGUGACCACAUCAUUGAGGUGGUUGGCUCCUCCAUGCCACUCAUUGGGGAUCAUCAGGAUGAGGACAAGCAGCUCAUCGUGGAGCUUGUGGUUAACAAGAUGGGCUUAGCUUUGCCUAGGCCCCGGGAGGCCUCUCCUGGCCGAGGAUCCCACUCUCAGGCUCUGUCACCAGGGGCGCAGGCUGGGGGUAGGCCAGCGGGGCCUCCAGCUCAGCAGCGUCCCGCACCACAGGGGGGCCCCCAGCAGCCCGGGCCGGGACCGCAGCGCCACGGCCCCCCUUCCCAGCAGCGCCCCCCGCCUCAGGGCCAGCCGCUCCAGGGCCUGGGCCCCCAGGCAGCCGCGGCGGCGCAGCCGCGCCUCCCCAGCCCCAGCGGGCAGGCACCGUCGGGAUCCGGCCGCCAGCCACGUCCGUCGGGCUCGGGGGCCGGCCCGCAGGCGCGCGGCUCCCCGCAGCCGCCCCCACAGCAGCCGCAGCCGCCUCCGCAGCCGCCGGCGGCCCAGGGCCCGCGCCAGGGCAGCCAGUCCCCGCAGCCGCAGCCGCGCCAGGCCGGGCCCACCCGGGGCCAGGCGGCCGGGGGCCCGCAGAGGGCUCCGCAGCGAGCGCCGCCCGGGCCUCCGGCGGGCCCCACGCGGCAGCUGAGCCAGGCGGGCCCCCAGGCCGGCCGCCCGGCCUCCGGGCCGCCCACCACGCAGCAGCCGCGGCCCAGCACCCAGGGCCGCGCCCCCGCCGGACCCGGGCAGCCCAAGCCCCAGCUAGCUCAGAAGCCGAGCCAGGACGCGCCGGCCGCGGCCCCGCAGCUGAACAAAUCCCAGUCUCUGACCAAUACCUUCAACCUUCCAGACCCGGCCCCGGCCCCGCCCCGGCCCAGCCUUAGCCAGGACGAGGUGAAGGCGGAGACCAUCCGCAGCCUGAGGAAAUCCUUCGCGAGCCUCUUCUCCGACUGAUCCCCCUCCCUUCCCCCUUCCCCCUUCCCCCCCGAGGUGUGACACCCCUCCCCCCCAGCACCCGGGAUGGCUGUGUCUUUAAAUAUGCAAAUCACCGGGCGCUCCCCGUCCCCUCGGACCGGGGCGCUCCUCUCUCUCUCUCGCUCCCCCCGCUCUGUGCGCGUGCGUGUCAGUGUGCCGUCCGUGUGCCUGCCUGUGACCCUCGUGCCGCCGCUUGGCGUGUGUUGGAGUUUCUCGUGAAGCCUGUGAUGCGCGCAGUGAAGCUGUA